GGGAGCAUGGCGGCGUCUUCGAGUGGAGAGAAGGAGAAGGAGCGGCCGGCAGGCGGCUCUGGAGCGGCAGGCGGUAACAGCACGCGAGAGCGGCUCCUGUCUGCGCUGGAAGAUCUGGAGGUCUUGUCAAGAGAACUUAUAGAAAUGCUGGCAAUUUCAAGAAACCAAAAGUUGUUGCCGCCUGAUGAGGAAAACCAGGUCCUGGAGUUGUUAAUUCACAGAGAUGGGGAAUUUCAAGAACUGAUGAAAUUGGCACUUAAUCAGGGAAAAAUCCAUCAUGAAAUGCAAGUUUUAGAAAAGGAAGUAGAGAAGAGAGACAGUGAUAUUCAACAACUACAAAAACAGCUAAAGGAAGCAGAGCAAAUAUUGGCAACAGCUGUUUACCAAGCAAAAGAAAAACUCAAAUCAAUAGAAAAAGCAAGAAAAGGUGCCAUCUCCUCUGAAGAAAUAAUUAAAUACGCACAUAGGAUUAGUGCGAGUAAUGCUGUAUGUGCCCCACUGACCUGGGUUCCAGGGGACCCACGGAGACCAUACCCAACUGAUUUAGAGAUGAGAAGUGGAUUAUUGGGUCAAAUGAACAAUCCUUCCACUAAUGGUGUAAAUGGUCAUUUACCAGGAGAUGCACUUGCAGCAGGCAGAUUGCCAGAUGUCCUUGCUCCACAAUAUCCAUGGCAGUCAAAUGACAUGUCAAUGAAUAUGUUACCACCGAAUCACAGUAAUGACUUUUUGUUGGAACCUCCAGGGCAUAAUAAAGAAAAUGAAGAUGAUGUAGAAGUUAUGUCAACAGACUCCUCAAGCAGUAGUAGUGACUCUGAUUAAAAAACAUAAAAGACAAAAUUCAUACAGAAUUGAAUACUAUGGAAUUCUGUUUCUUACACAAUAGCAAGCCUAUAAAAAAAGCCAGGUAAUACUGCCUAUAGUGGAACCGUGCAGCCCAUUAAAAAUCACUGGACUUUCUUUUUUAAGCCAAAAAUUAUCGUUUCAGUUCUAAACCACUAAGUGAAUAUUUAAAGAAUAAUCAAAAUUUAUUGUUGGAAAAAAAAUUACUCAUUUCAGUGCUGCCCUAUCCUGUUAUGUUCCAGUUAUGUUGGACUUGUACAUAGUAUUUCUGGAAAUAAAAGUUGAGGGAAAUAACCCAUGUACAUAUCACUAAUCAGCCCCUGGAAUUAUUUAGAGAAGCAUUUUAAAUAAGGGCAGUGGAUCACUUUGCAUCAUAUCUCAAAAUAACAAAACCCUCAUUUGAAAGUGAAGGCCGGUAGCUUCUGUCACAGUAACGGGAAGUUGUCUCAAUUUUACUGUCUGUAAUUAUUGUAAUAUGUGUAAAUAAACAUAUUUUUGUUUGUA